AUGGAUCUAAACUCAGAGGUGUCGCCAGUGGGCACCAGAACCGCCCAACUGACUUCUACCACCAACUUAUAUGAUGACGACAACUAUAUUCCGGGUACCAUAAACAUAUUUCACAGGGACGUGGGUGCUGGUAUGGAACAGACAGACUUGAAGAUCAUGAACGGGAUAAUUUUGAAUCCGCAACCCUCGGAUUCACCCAACGAUCCUCUCAACUGGUCUCCGUUGGCCAAGUACUGGCAAUUACUGAUGCUUGGAUUUAUCACGGGUUUUACAGCAGCUACAUCUAACGAUGCUGGUGCUGGCCAGGACUCGUUGAACGAAAUUUACGGAAUUUCAUACGAUGCCAUGAACACGGGUGCCGGUGUACUUUUCUGUGGAAUUGGAUAUGCCACAUUUUUUACUGCACCAAUCACGUCGCUAUAUGGACGUCGAAUCAUCUAUUUCGUGUGUAUUGUAUCUGGUCUCAUUGGAGCUGCAUGGUAUGGCGCAUCCAAACGCACUUCCGAUACCAUCUGGUCGCAACUGUUUGUGGGUAUUUCCGAAUCCUGUGCCGAAGCUCAGGUUCAAUUAGGGUUAUCUGACGUGUUUUUUCAACACCAGUUGGGUUCUGUGCUGACGGUUUAUAUCAUGGCUACGUCCGUUGGGACAUACCUUGGGCCUUUGAUAGCGGGAUUCAUCGCUGAUAAUGUGGGUUUCCGCUGGAUCGGUUGGACAACAGUCAUUAUCUCUGGAGGGCUUUUGAUCGUGAUGUACUUUACUCUUUUCGAGACCUAUUUCGAUAGAAAUGCAUACAUGAGACAGACCCUCACGGGCACGGCAAUGGCCAAAACCACCACUCCCGUGAAGAAAAUUGAUGAGAAGGAAGCCGAAGAGGAACAGAACAAUUCCUCUGAUAAUCGGAACGAGGUUUCUGAGCCAAUUGAACCCAGUUCGGCGUCGCAGGAGACAGUUUCCUACAGAAAAAGGAUUGCCAUGAUCACCCCAUCUUCGAAUCUGAUUGGAUGGGGAGUUAAGCAGUAUUUCCAGCGGAUGUUUGGAAUGCUGCGGGUGUUUUGGUUUCCUCCUGUGGUCCUAUCUGGUAUGAUCUGGGGAAUUCAAGAUGCUUUGCUCACAUUCUACCUCACCACCGAGGAUGACGAUUACUACGAUGAUCCUUGGAACUACAGCGACGCCGGAGUUGCUUUGAUGAACGUUCCUUGCCUUAUCGGAGCGAUUAUUGGAUGUCUUUAUGCGGGUGUCUUCUCCGAUUGGUUCGUCAUCUGGAUGGCCAAGCGGAAUGGUGGAGUUCAAGAGGCUGAGUACAGACUCUAUUUUCUUUUUGCUUCGGCUAUUAUUGGACCCUGUGGAUUGCUUAUGUUUGGAAUUGGGACGUCCAAGGGCUAUGAUUGGCACAUGACCUACGUCGGUCUGGGUUUCAUUGGCUUUGGCUGGGGUUGCUCGGGAGACAUAGCCAUGUCUUAUCUUAUGGACGCUUACCCGGAUAUGGUUUUGGAGGGAAUGGUAGGUGUUGCCGUGAUUAACAAUACCCUCGGUAUGAUAUUCACAUUUGCGUGCUCUCCUUGGCUUGAUAACGUCGGUACUCAGAACACUUACAUAGCGUGGGCUGUGAUCGAGUUUGUUAUCUCCAUGAUGGCCGCUCCAAUGAUAUACUGGGGUAAGGACUGUCGUCGCUGGACCAAAAAAUGGUAUCUGAAGUUUUUGGAGCUUCGUGACGAUUGA